GAGCACGCGCAAGCAGGGCCGUGCCGCAUCAAUGACGAGAAUGAGGAGGGACUAAUAGUUGGCGAGUCUGGCUUCCUUUCGCCCAAGAGAUGACCUUGAUGGUAGAAAUCAUGAAGCAAAGGCAUCGUGCGUAUGCGUUUAGUGAUGAUGAGCGUGAGAGAUUGGACGUGGAUAAGAUUCCAAUGAUACGAAUCCAUACCGUCCCACACGAGCCAUGGAACCUGAGGGGCGCGCGAUACCCGAAUCCAGAUGAAGGGAAGAAGGUGGUGGACUACUUGGACGGGAAGAUGCGAACGUACGUGGCAGACUAUUCUAGUGGACCGUAUGCCUCCCCUUGGUUUUGUUUUAUCAAGCCGAACGGAACGCUAUGGUGGGUACAGGAUUUGCAACGAUUGAAUGCAGUGACGGUGCGGGACGAGGGAGGAUUGCCGAACGUGGACGCCCUGUCAGUGUCAUGCGCAGGGAGGCCUAUAAUUUCACUUAUAGACCUUUACUCUCGGUAUGACAUUUUUUCUCUGUACCCGCCAGAUAGGCCGGUGACGGCGAUGCAUAAGCCAAGGGGGCUGAUCCACAUGAACGUGGCCCCUCAGGGCUGGACUAAUGCGGUGGCGAUGGUGCAAAGUCACAUGAUUAGGGCUAUGCAGACGGUUAGUCCACAUAUUACCCAGCCCUACGUUGAUGAUAUGGCGGUCAAGGAUCCAAAGGAGAAGGAGGAAGAUGAAGUGAUGCCAGGAGUGAGGCGGUUCGUCAGGAAGUACAUCCAGGAUAUCGACCAAGUUGUGGAUCUGCUGGAAGAACACAACCUGACGGCGAGCGGCCCCAAGUCGAAGCAUUGUAUGAGGGAGGCCACGAUUCUGGGCUUUGUCUACAACGAAAAGAGGCGGAGGCCAGAUGUGAAGAAAAUGGACAAGAUCCUAGAGUGGCCAGUCCCCUUCCAGUCAAUAACGGACGUGAGGAGUUUCCUUGGGACCUGUGGAUUUUGGAGGAGUUUUGUGAAGGACUUCGCCACCAAGACGGAGCAUUUGAGGAAGCUAGUACGUCAGGAUCAGGAAUGGGUCUGGGGCGAGGACCAGGAAAAGGCGGUGGAAAGGAUGGAGAGAGAAUUCAAGGAAGGAGGCUUGGUGUUGGGAGCGCCGAAUUAUGAGGCCACAGAGGAAAAACCAUUCGUUGUCGAGACGGACGUCGGGCCAACUGCCUUAGAAGGGGUCCUGAUUCAGGCAGACGCGGAUGGGAAGGAGAGGCCGUUAAGGGCGGAUGGGUUGAGCCGUAUCAAUUUGGACGGGGCGAAUCAAGAAUCAAUUGAGGAUACCCCACCAGUCGACGGGUUCUUGGACCAGAAGGAGGAUGUCCGCCUCCACAUAAAUGAAUGGUCGCUGAGGGUGCCUAGCUGUGUCACGCAUCCCAUAUGGUUAGCACCAAGGGGGUACGAGCGGAAGGAAGAGCUAGUCCUCAAGCCUUUCCAGGAGGAAGAUCCGUGGGGGAGUAGGGAUGUUGGCUGGAUGAUGAAGUUGGCAUUGGCAGACACACAUAGUCUGGCGGAAGAGAAGAGGAGGAUAGAAGAAGAGUCAACCCAGGUAGAGGAACAUGAGCAGUUAAUGGGAGGAAUGUACUUGCUCACCAAUACGCUCCUGCAGGGGAACUUUAACCAGAGGAGCGCARCCGGUUCCGAGGAGUGCGAACUUCUUAUCCCUGAAAGCCAGGACGACGAGUUCGAAGAGGGAGAGAUUAGGGAGGCCUUCCGUGCUGAGGAGUAUGACGGGAUCUAUCGGAAGUUGGGGUUACUCCUGUCGUGCGAAAUAAGGGAUAGGGACGCAAGUGCUAAAGCCCAGAAGAUGAGGCAUCUCUACGUAGUAAGAGAUGACCAUCUGUUUAUAAAGCGACAAGUUGGGAACCCCAAGAGGAUCGUAUGUGGGAGGAACCGACAGAUUGAUGUCAUAGCAGCUUUACACGAUGGUAUAGCAGGGGGGGCACAGAGGGGUUACUGCCACGUGCGCAAAGAUAAGUGAGCUCUACCAUUGGGAUGGAAUGCUGACUAUGGUCAUCAAGUAAAGCCAGUCCUGUGUA